AUGGGCAAGCUGCGCCAGCUCGCGGCGCCGGAUCUGCCGGACCUCUCAGAGUCAGACGAUUGCGACCCGACCAGCGACGAUGACCAACUCAGCGAUAUCGAGGAGGACGAGGGCGAGUGGUGCACAGACGACGAGGGCAGCUCUGGCAGCGAAGCCCCUGAGAGCGACACCUGCCAUGCAAGCGGCAGCGACGACGAGAUGCCGCCCCUGAUAGCCACAGACGACAGCGACAGCAGCGUCGACGGCGACGAAGCCAGCAGCGGUUCGGAAGACGCCCUCCCAGACGACGAGGACAUUGCCAGCGCGGCCGCUGCCGCAGCGCAAGCUGGCGCCGGCGGCGCAGUCGUUGCGGCGGCGGCAGACGCCAACCCCUUUGACCUGCUGCAGGCAGCCGACGCCUCAGACAGCGGCAGCGACGCCGCUGCAAGUCAUGAUGAGGAGGACGUGGAGAGCGAGUGCGACUGCUCCCUCUGCCGGGUGCUGCACGCGCGGGCAGCAGGCAGCAGCGAGGAGGAGUGGACGGACGAGGAGGAUGACGAGGAGGAGGAGGCGGCGGCGGCAGCGGCCGAGGACGAGCAGCGGGGGGCACCCGCGCGGGCAGCAGCGUUGGCAGCAGCGGCAGCAGCAGGGGCAGCAGCGGUUGGCUUUGGGAGCGGGCCGGGGCUGGUGGAUGAGGAUGAGGAUGAUUAUGACGAGGAUUAUGACGAUCAGGAGGACGAGGACGGGGAGGAGGAGGGGGAGGAAGACGACGGCGCCGUAUGCGCAUGCUGCGGCCGCACGUUCGGCGACGGUGGCGUCGACGGCGUGUCCGAGGAGCCGGAAGAGCUCAGCGACGGCGGAGAGUGGGGGGAGGCCGCGCCGGCGGACGCGGAGUGCUGGGUGUGCUUCAGGGAGGCGGAGGAGGGCCCCUCGGGGCGCUUGGUCGCGCCCUGCCUGACGUGCAGCGGCUCGAUGAGGUGGAUGCACGCGCGCUGCCUAGGGGAGUGGCUGCGGCGCAGCUGGUGCUCGGACUGCCCCAACUGCCGGCACGCCUACGCGCCAGAGGUCCUGCGCCGCUUUUCCGACGGCCGCAUGCUGCUCUCCCUUCUUGGCUCUGGCGAGGGCGCGGGCAGCAGCAGCAGCAGCACCAGCGACGCCCCCACCGCGCCGGCCGGCAGCGGCGACGGCGACCCCCUGGCGCUGUCGCGGCUGCGCGGCGGGCGCUACCCUCCGUUUGCAACGGCGCACUUCUGCCUGGGGGGCAUGAUCCAGGUCGCGAUGCCCGCGGACCACCUCACGCCCCAGGGCCUGCUGCGCGCGGUGCGCCGCCUGGCGGACGACCUCUACCGUGACCUGGAGUCGCAGCCGGAGCUCGAUGACGUCACCGGCCAGCCCCUCCCCCUGCCGCCCAGCCGCGACGUCGACGGCGUGUUUGUGGAAAUUGAGGACGGCGCCUUCGGUGGAAUGGCCCACGGGCCUGCCGGUCUCGCCGCCGCUGCCGCCGAGAUGGGGCCUGGGGCCGGCGCCGGCUAUGGCUACGGCGGCGGCGCGCAGGGGCCGGGCCAGGCGCAGGGCCGCGGGCGGCUGGGGCUGGG